AUGGGAAACUGUUAAUAAUGUAAAUAAUCUACCACUCCUGAUAUAAUGGGAGAUGUUGCUCCUACAAAACAAAGAGAGUCAAAAAGUGGUAAUAUUAGAAAGAUUAUGGGAAUUUUGAAUGAAUUUGAUAGUUAUUAGAUUAUCAAAUCUACAUAAUAUUCAUUUAUAUAAGAUUAAACUUUUAGGAUUGGUAAGUAGAAUAAUACAAAAGUGAUUACAAUAUAAGGAACAGUGAAACCAACAAAUAUAAUAAAGUUAAGAAGAGCUAAUGAAGAAUUGAAAUAAUUAAGAGGGGAAUCUAACGAAUAGGAUAAAUGUAUGAUUGAUAAAAAAAUGAUAUUCAAAAGUGGUCUGGAAUUAGGUGAUACCUUUCCUUAAAUAAAAUUUUAAUAGCUUUUGAAAGAUGAAGAUCAGGUUUUGAAUUUACAAGAUGGAAAAUAUACUCUAAUAAAAUCAUGGAGUUAAGGUGAAUAAAUGGUUAAUUUUGAACAUGCUAUAGAUUUAAUUGAUUCUUUGAAAUAAGUUGAUAUGUAAUUAAUAGGUUUGACAAGAGGAAAUUUAGAAUAGAAAUCAGUAUAUGAAGAAUUAGUUAGAUCAAAUCAUAGAUGGGAAUAAUAUUAACAUAUAUAUUUGAAUACAGAAGAAAUAGAAAAUUUAGAUAAUCAAAUAUUAGAUAUCUAUUUCUAAGAAAGUAUAAAUGAAGUAAUGGAAGGAUAUUUGGUUAGUGCUUUAUUAUUUUAUGGGAAUAAAUUAAUAUGGAAAAGAUAUAAUUAUGAAUGGGAAAUAUUUUCAGAUUCAGAUGAAGUAGCAAAUGAAGUAACAAGUUUAAUUAAUCAAGGAGUUAAAGAAUAUUAAACUAAAUAAUAAACUAAUAUUGUUAGUAGUAUUAAUAAAGAAUAAUAUUCUUAAAUUAAGAAAUUUGUCUUAGCUUAAUAAACUUAAUAACCAUUCACAAGAAAUAUUAAUAUAAGUAUUACUAAGAAAACUAUUUAUAUGAAGAAUUUAAAAACUAUUAUAUAUAAUAAUCCAAUCAUAGAAGUACAUUGUUCACCACAAUCUUAACAAUUAACUUAAUCUUUUAUUUAACCUCUUGGAUCAUAAUGUAUUCUUUGGGAUUCUUAAAUUCUUAAAAGAUCUUUAAUGUAAAAGAUAUAAGAAAAUAAUCUUAAUAUUGAAGUAGCACUUGAAAAAUAAAUAAAAAUUUAAAUUAAUUAUUAAGAAAAUCUAAUUUAAAUCUAAUCUUGGGAAUAAUCAACACUUAUACCCUAUUAUAAAUCAACUCUAUACAUUUCAUAAGUCAAAUAAUGGAUUCAUGCUAGAGAUAAAGUAUUAAAUCAAUUUUAAACAUCUGAUGAUCCUGUUACUUUAAAAAUUAAUUAAAUGAUACAUAACUUUUUUAAUUAUAUACCAGCUGUUGAAAAGAUUCUCAAUUAAUAAUAUGGUAAAAUUCCAUAUGCUGAAAAAAGAAAACCUCCUUAUGAAGAAAUGUCUGUAUCUAAAAGUUUAGGAAAUGAAGAAAUUACUAGAAAAUAAGAUUAAAUAUUAUUCGUCUUAUUAAUAGAUUAUGAAAAUGAUGACACUCUUGAACUUCUCAAAACCCUUAUCAAAUAUAAAAAAGAAAAUCAAUCACCUAUUUAAAUUGCUGUUCUUGGACAUAUUAGAGCAGAAUCAUGGACUAAAUUAUUCUAAGCUUUUAUGGAAAAACAUAAAUUACAUCAUGAUGCAGAAUAAGGUAUUAUUGAAACUUGGUUUCCUGUUGAAGAUAAAAUUGGAUCCAUUACAUUUAGUGCUAUUCUAAGCAAAAUGUAUGGUCUUAUACUUGAAAAAAGAGAUUCCAUGCUUGUUGAUUUAAACAAUCAUGUUAGAAUUAUUGAUUCAAGUAGAAAAAUUAUACCCAAAAUCAAUUCAUUUUUAAAUGAUCUAUAAAACUAAUCACUUGAUCCAUAUAAAGAUACUAAGUAUUCUAUUUUUAUUAUAUUCUAGUGAUUAUAAAAAUUCAUAUUUGUAAUUUAAAAAAUGCAUUAGAUUAGAACAUAAUCUAACUGAUAUCACUAAUAAAAUAUAAUAAUAAUGUAAAGAUGAUAAUACACUUAUAUUUUAUUAAUAAAAAAAAUCUAAGAUUUGGGAUUUUGAGAAUGGAUAAGUUACUCAAAUUUGUAAAUAUUCUCAACCAAUCAAAAUUCUUAGACUUAUUCCUAAAUCAUCUGAAAUGGAUAAUUUAUAAUCUAUCAUUGGUAAAUAUAUUGAUAACUAAGAUAUUUUAUAAAUUAAAUGA